UUCAUACGAUUUCAAAUAUGGCAGCUGCUGGUAGUUCACCUGUUUGUUCCUUCUCUUUCAAAAAAUCUAAACGAAAACAGGUCGCCCGAAUACGGAAGACGAGCGAUAGUGAAGAAGGUGAAAUUGAAGAUGAAGAAAAAAAUGCCGUUUUACGACGAGAUAAAAGAAAAGAUGUCGCUAACCCGAUGAUACAGAAGACCAAACGUCUGCGAGAAAAGGACAAGGUAGAGUACAGCGACAGUGACGACGAGAAAGACACGAUCGCAGUGUCGUACAAGUCUUCUAAAACCGCAAAACCCGAAGGUCCCGACGACAGGGGAGCUACAUCUAUCGUUGAAGUUGACACCGAGAAGGAGAGAGAUGCAAGAGCAAUAUUUGAAAGAAGCCAACAGCUACAAGAAGAAUUGAAAGGCAAGGAAGAUGACAAAAUUUAUCGAGGUAUUCAUAACUAUGCUAGCUACAUUGAAAAGAAAGACACAGCACAGGGUAAUGCAGGUAGUGGACACGUAAGGAAAGGUCCCAUUAGGGCACCGGACAAUCUCAGAGUAACCACGAGGUGGGACUAUGCCCCAGAUAUAUGCAAAGAUUAUAAAGAAACUGGGUUUUGUGGUUUUGGUGACAGUUGUAAAUUCUUACACGAUAGAUCCGACUAUAAACAUGGUUGGCAGUUGGAACGUGAAUGUGAUGAUGGCGAAUACAACGAGGAAGACUCGCAUAGAUACGAGAUAAACAGUAGUGAUGAUGACGAUUUUCCUUUCAAAUGCUUUCUCUGCAGAAAAUCUUUCAAAAAUCCUAUUGUCACGAAAUGCAAACAUUAUUUUUGUGAGAAAUGUGCCCUGAAUCAUUAUCGAAAAUCUCAAAGAUGUUACGUCUGUGGAACACAGACAAUGGGUGUGUUCAAUCCAGCGAAAGAAUUAAUUUCAAAGUUGAAGAAGAUGAAAGAUGAAGAUGAUGGUUCAGAUGUGGAAUGAGCCGUUGUCGCUGAAAUCAUGUGAUGGUUACUAGUAUGUAGUCCGAAAAUAUUCACUGCUGUGGAACAAUUUAUUUAUGAUAAAAUAUAGCCUGUUGAAGUGCCACUGUCAUUGAAGCGAUAGUGAAAAAGGUGAAAUUGAAGAUGAAGAAAAAAAAUGCUGUUAAGAUUAAAGAAAAGAUGUAGUGGCAAAAAUCUGUAGUGUUGAAUCUGUAACUUUUGUAUUGAACUAUGUUAUAAUGUAUGGUGUGUGGUGCUUGUGAUGUAGGUAAAGACCAACCAGAAAACAGGUAUACAGCGACAACAGAUGACAACAGUGGUGUUAUAAAACGUGGUGGUUGGUUCAACCUUUCAUAUGCAUACAAUCAGGGUCCCAUAUGUAGCAUUGUCUAAACAAUAUAAAUUUUUCUUUCAAAAUGGUGGAAGAUCUCAACAAAUCAA